AUGAUCAGCUAUCAGAGCAAAGACAAAACAUCCCACGGCAAAAUUGCAGACAUGAACGUGGUUAGCAGUUACGGCGCCCAAAGCACACUGGCCUUGUCUGGGUGCAGCACAACUGCAUACAGCAUGGAACCGACAGAGACCAAGGACAUUUGCGUACGGACUCUUCCAGAUGCUUGCGCGAUCAAGUCGAGACAAAGGUAG